CCGGGCGCUGCGGGGCAGGAGGAGCGCGGGGGUCCGGGGCCGGCCGCUCGCGGGGCCAUGGACGCGGCCGAGGUGGAGUUUCUGGCCGAGAAGGAGCUGGUGACCAUUAUCCCGAACUUCAGCCUGGACAAGAUCUACCUCAUCGGGGGGGACCUGGGGCCUUUCCACCCCGGCCUGCCCGUGGACGUGCCGCUGUGGCUGGCGCUGAACCUGAAGCAGAGACAGAAGUGCCGCCUGCUGGCCCCCGCCUGGAUGGACGCGGGUAAGGCGGCGCCCCGCGCUGGUGCAGAGAAGUUGGAGAAGAUGAGGGAUCAUGAACGAAAGGAAGAAACGUUUACCCCCAUGCCCAGCCCUUACUACAUGGAGCUCACCACACUCCUGCUGAAUCAUGCCUCGGACAACAUCCCGAAAGCAGACGAGAUCCGGACCCUGGUCAAGGACAUGUGGGACACGCGAAUAGCCAAGCUCCGGGUGUCUGCCGACAGCUUUGUGAGACAGCAGGAGGCGCAUGCCAAGCUGGAUAACUUGACCUUGAUGGAGAUCAACACCAGCGGGGCGUUCCUCACUCAGGCGCUCAACCACAUGUACAAGCUCCGCACCAACCUGCAGCCUUCGGAGAGUGCGCAGUCGCAGGACUUCUAGGGAAGGCCUGGGGCGUCGCGGGUCUCGCGUGUGGUGCUGGGGGCUUUGGGCUCCUGUGUGCUCGGCCCAGGACAGAGGUGCUCGCCUGUAGUUACCCCGCGCGUGGACAGCACGUAGUGACGCGAGGAGCAGCUUCCCGACACGGGUGCAGCAGCAGCAGAUUAGUCAUUGGUCCUCCACACUCGGCUCCCCGGGACGUUAUUCCCAAACCGUCUGGAAGGUGGCUUUUCCCUUACGGAGGAAAGAACAAGGCUUCACGUGAGUGAAGUGCGAGGUCCUGCGGGGCACUGUCCCCGAGGUAGGUAGCCACUGCUGGACGUGGCCACGGCAGGAAUGGACGCGCGGCCGAGGGCGCUCUGCUCGAUCCUCGUUUCUUGGGCUGAAUCUGUGAUUUCCAAAAAGAGGCUGCAGGUGGAGUGGCGAGCGAUGCUGGCCACUGUUUGUCACUUAGGCCCUGAUGCACAAUAAAAGUGAGACUAAGCCAGAUCUUUGUUGGGUCUUUGUCCCGCAUGACGACCAAGCUGAAGGAAUGAGGCCAGGCGUGCAGCAGUGGACUGGACGAAAGGUGGACACUCGCGUGCCCUGUCCGUCCGUUGGGGACUGAUGCAGUGUCGGCAGGCAUGUGGAGUGACGCUCGGAGGAAGUCCUCCGGGGAAGGGCCCUUGUGGUCAGCAGUGGCCGAGGAGAAAGCACUUCACCCUGGCAUUCCGGCGUGGUUGGCUCUCAUGGGAAAGGAGAAAUCCUUAGUACUUGCGGGUUCUGGGGCCACACCCAGUGCGUCGGCGCCUUCCAAGAGUGCACGUGUGGUUGAGGUGGCCUGAGGCGUGGAGACUGGUGUCCGCUGUCAGGGCUCAGGUAGCUUGUGUGUGCGCCGCUGUGGGCUGCGCGAACGCAGGUGCACACCCAGGAGGGGCAGGCGGUCUCCUUGGUUGCAGGUGACAUUGUGAGGUUGACUCGGGUGACAGGACUUGCCCGUCCUCGGAGACCCUGACUGUGUGAGACGGGGGGGUCACGGGUUGUGUGUGUCUGGGGUCCCUCCUCUGGUGCCCUUCUCGGAACACCUGAGCCAGCUGAGGGACGCCUCACUGCCUGGCCUGGGGAGCUGUGCCGUUCUUGAGGUUUGCUUUAGGAGUAGGGGGAGGAAAAAAGAUGUUCCUCUUAGCAUGAUUCAGGAAGAUUUUAUUUUUUUGGAUGUUGUCAGAAAUUACAGCAAU